UUUAUAAUCCUUUUCUUUUUUAUAGUAAAGAUUGCUUUGAAUAAUUAAUCUAAAUUACAUAAUACCAACAAAUUCUUUUGUAAAAGUUGUGUUAUGGAAGGAGAUAAUAACAAAACAAUUGUGAUAGGUCCACAAUUUUGUUCUCCUCAACCUCUUCAACUAUUCAUAAAUAAGAAAAUUUACUGCUUUAGUGGGCAUGGAUAUGAAGUUAAAGAUGAUAAUGGUAAUAUGGUCUUCACUAUUGAAAAUCUUUUGGGGUUUUUUCGUAGAAAGUUGAUCAUUUUUUAUGCUGCUAAUGCACCAAGUCUUACCCUAAAAAGCAAGCAUUUUACAUGGCAUAGUAGAUGGGAAUGUUUUAAGGGAGAUAGCACUGAUGAAAAGGACCUUAUAUUUAGUGCUAAAAAUUCUUCAAUGUUUCAAUUCAGAAGAAACUUGGACAUAUUCUUAGCCAAUAAUAUAUCACAACAAGUUUGUGAUUUUAGAAUGAAAACUAGCUACAGGGAGUCAAAUUGUGAUAUUUUUGCUGGACAAUCAUCCACUCUAAUUGCUCAGAUGGAUAAGAAGUAUACAACUGGAAGUGUAUUUCGAGGAAGAGACAAAUACAUGGUGAAAUUGAAUUCAAAUGUGGAUCAUGCCUUCAUAGUUUCACUUAUAGUUAUCCUUGAAGAGAUAGCCAGCUCAGGACAAGGUAGCAGUACUCAUCCCUAAACAUACUAAGGGACCGUUUGGUUACCGUACGAGAGACAUCUUAUUCAUAUACAAAAAGUUAUAUUAGCUUUAAUAUGUUUGGUAGAAGUUAGGUAUAAAAGUCAACAUAAUUUAUAUCAUGUUUGGUUGCACUUUUAUAGUCCUACAUAAUUAAUACCAACAUAACCAAACUUGCAUAACCAAACCAUGCAUAAUUAAAACCUGCAUAACUAAAAUCUGCAUAGCUAAUGCCUGCAUAACUCUAACCAGUAACCAAACAGCCCCUAAUGGAUAUAGCUAGCAAUUUAUCUUCCUUUGUUAAUUGCUUAACGAAUAACUAAGUGUUAAUGCCCCAAGCAAUUCUUGUAUUUUCUCCACCCUACCAAACUAUCUGGAUUUAGGCAACAAGAUACGAGGAAGAUAUUACG